UUCAUUUCCGUUUCCGUCUGCAAAAUAUGGAGUUAACUUGAGCGGAUUCGGUGGGAUCGUCGUUUAUUAUCUGUGUAUCGUUGUGCUGGUCACUCAAUGUCGUUGCAUGAUCGCAUUCAGUCUUGAGGAAAACGAAGUAAAGAAUACGUUGACGUUACGUUCCACUACAGGGACAAAUAGUUGCAAAAAAACACACGAUCGGAAUUGUUUGCUGAUUCGAGCGUUGCCUUUCCGUUCGUUGACGAAUAUUUUUAUCAUAUAUUCGAACGUUCAUCGAAAAGAGCAGCAAAAUGACGGAUAGUCAAUAUUCAAAUUAUCAACAACAAGGUUAUAACCAAUAUAGUCAACCACCACCUUCAUCAAGCCAGGAUACAUCAUAUCCUUCUCAUUCAUCUGGUGGAUCUGGUAGUGGCUACAAUCAAUAUAGUCAGCCACCGCCAAGUAGCAGUAGUAACUAUAGCAAUUAUAAUAGUUAUAACUCUAAUAGUCAAGACUAUCAAUCUCAAAGUCAAGGCAGUUAUGGGCAGAAUAGUUAUGGAGGAUCAGGCAGUGGAGGAGAAGGCAGUAAUUACAGUGGAAACUAUGGACAUGGAGGAGGAAGUAGUGGCUAUAGUCGUAGCUCAGGUGGUUAUCAUGGAGGCCAAGGAGGUAGUGGAAGUGGUAGAUACAGCGAUCGUGGCGGUUAUGGAGAUCGCUCUGGUGGUGGUUACAACAGUGGCGGAGGCCGUGGUGGUUAUAACAAAGGAGGAUACAAUGACCGUAACAGCGGUAGCGGUGACGGAAUGGUUACACAAGAGGAUACUAUUUUUGUGUCCGGUAUGGAUCCAUCGAUUUCCGAAGAAGAGAUUUGUCAACAUUUUGGAGCUAUCGGCGUUAUCAAGAAUGACAAACGCACGGGUAAACCAAAAAUUUGGCUAUACAAAGACAAGAAUACUGGAAAAUCAAAGGGUGAAGCGACAGUCACUUACGAUGAUCAGAACGCCGCACGUUCGGCCAUUAACUGGUUUGAUGGUAAAGAUUUUAAGGGUUGUACGAUAAAAGUGCAAAUGGCACAACACAAGAGCAACUGGCAGGGUAAUCGCAUGGGAGGUGGUCGCGGCGGCGGCGGUGGCCGUGGUCGUGGUGGCGGCGGAAAUUUUGGUAGUCGUGGUGGCGGUGACCGUGAUGAUCAUCAUCGCGGUGGAGAUGAUCGCCGCGAUGGUGGCGGCCGCGGAGGCGAUUGGAGGUGUCCAAACCCUGAUUGCGGUAACACGAAUUUUGCCUGGCGAGAUCAGUGUAAUCUCUGCAAGAGUUCAAAACCGGAAGGUCUCGGUUACGGUGGUAGUAGUGAUCGCGGCAGAGGAGGCAGCGGUCGCGGUGGUGGCGAUCGUGGUAACCGAGGAGGUUUCAGAGCUGGUGAUCGAGGUGGACGUGGAGGUGAUAGAGGUGGCAGAGGUGGCGGCGGUUUCCGGGGCGGAGACCGAGGAGGUCGCGGAGGUCGAGGUGGCCCCAUGAGAGGAGGCGGCGGCCGAGGCGACAGGGACAGGGAUCGUCAGCGACCGUAUUAAUUUUUCAUAUUUGUACACAUAUGACGAUCGCCAUAUACUAAACGACUUGUACACAUUCUGUACACAAUUUCAGUGCUUGUACAUUUCGCUUAGCGUAGCUUCUAUGUAUUCUUACUGUCUCUUUCUUUGUGCGUACCCUUUUUAUAUUCAUCAAAAAGUAUAAAUUGUAUGUUAUGUUCGUACAUAUAAAAAAAUUCGUAUUAUAUACAUAUAUAUAUAUAUAGUAUAACAAUAUAAUCUUGAGUAGACAAAUAAACAAAACUUCUUUCCUUCUUUCAAUAACUAUAAACCCACAUCGACUCAUGUAACCUUCCUCUUUCAAUUUCAUAUUUUUGGAUAUUAUUUAAAUCUGUGUAUUAUCAGUUACAAAUCAAUCAAUAAACGAGACUUCGAAUACUAUAUAAAUGCCGCAACAAAUUCUUAUUUAUCAUUCAUUAUUGUGUUUAUUGCGAAAUAUUCGUGUUCGAAAAAAAGAAAAGAAUUCGGAAAAUUUGUUUAUUGAAAGUUGAAAAUAUAAUACAAUCAAUUUAUUUUAUUACACUUAUACGUAUGCAAAUCUUCUGGCGAAGUAUAACUUAGACAUGAUUGAAAUAAACAUGUCUCUAUAAUUGAAUGUAAAAAACCAAAGUCCCAUAGUAAACAAAU